UCAGCCGAGGCAUCGUAAAAAUGAGUAAUUUCAGUCUAUGGUGAAUAUACGCUGCUCAGGGAGUGUAAGUAAAGCUUAUUGUGCAAUUAAAGAACGUCAGCUGAGAAAAAUGUAAACGUCAUGUGAUGAAGUGUUGACGCUUUGAUGCGCUAAAGUUAGCCGAAAAGCUAGUUAGCUGUGAUGGCAACGUCUGCUCUCCCGCUUGUUUCUGCUCCUCCGAGGUACGUGCAGCUAACAGAGAAGACAGUGAUCACAAAAUGCUGCCAAAAGCAACGCAAAGCACUUUUGAGGAAAGAAAGAAGAAAGCGAAAACGUCAAGCUCUCGCCCAAGCCAAAGAAUGGGGUCAACAGCAUGAGGUGGGUCUUAUCGCAGAGGAAGCUGGAGAUGUAAAUGAAGAAGAUGAUCAUACUGCUGAGGUGGAAAGACAGUGGCUUCAUGAAGAGUGGCUGGAAAGAGAGAGACUUGCUCAGGAAGAAUUCAAGCUCAAGUCUGAGAGAGAGGAAGCUGCACGGAAAAGAAAAGAGGAAGAGGAGCGGAGGAUUAAAGAGGAAUGGGAGGCUCAGCAGAGGCGUGAACAAGAAGAAAAAGAGCAAAAGCAGCUGGAGAAGCAGCAUAGAGAGGAGGCUGUUCAGAAAAUGUUGGAUGAAGCAGAAAAUCAGCUAGAGAACAGAGGUCUGUGGAUGAAUCCUGAGGCUCCAGUGAUAGAAAACUCUGAGAACUAUGGGACAGAGCAUGAUGUAGCCAACUGUUCAUUUUUUCUUAAGACUGGAGCAUGUCGAUUUGGUGACAGAUGUUCAAGAAAGCACAUUUAUCCCACAUCGAGCCAUACUUUGAUGAUCCGCGGUAUGUUUACAACAUUUGGAAUGGAGGAGUCUUGCCGUGAUGAUUACGACAUUGACGCUUGUUUGGAGCACAGCGAGGAAGAGCUGCAGGAGUAUUUCCUUGAGUUCUACCAUGACGUCCUACCAGAGUUCAGAAGUGUUGGCAGGGUUGUGCAGUUUAAGGUUAGCUGCAAUUUUGAACCACACUUGAGAGGAAAUGUGUAUGUUCAGUUUGCGACAGAGGAGAAGUGUAAAGAAGCCUUCAUCAAGUUCAACGGGAGGUGGUAUGCAGGGAAGCAGCUUCACUGUGAGCUCUGUCCUAUUACACGGUGGAAGAAUGCUAUAUGUGGAUUGUUCGACAGACAGAAGUGCCCCAAGGGAAAGCAUUGUAACUUCCUGCAUGUAUUUCGGAACCCUGGCAAUGAAUUCUGGGAGGCCGACAGGGACUUGAACAUAUCACCAGACCAAAGGGGAAAUCACAGGGAUGGACGGUAUUCAGAGCGAUACAGGGACAGAUCAUGGAGGCAACACUUCUACAACAGAAGUCCACCAAGAUCAGAGCGAUCCCACAGGAAGGGGAGGAGCAGGGAGAGGAGUCGAGAGAGGAGGAACUCCCUCCAUCGUCAAGAGGACAAAUGGUCGUCCCGAUCCAGACACAGUAGCAGCAGAAAAGAUGAGCAUCGGAGCAGCAGUAGAGACAGGUCAAGGAGUAGGAGUAAAGACAGAGAGCGGCGCAGGUACAGGAGAGAAGACAGAUCACACAGGUGCAGGAGCAGAAGUAGAGAAAGAGACGGAGAUCGAAAACAUAGAGACAGUCGCAGAGAAGAGAGAGACAUUUCGAGAAGUUCAAGCAGAGAACAAGAUCAAACAGAAAAAAGCAGCAAAAAUAGUUCUGUCAGUCCAUAUAAAAACAAGAAAAACUCAGACGAUGGUAACGCCACUCGUCAUCGUCACAAACACUCCAAAAAGAGCAAGAAGCGGAGAAAGAAGCAUAAAAAGAAAAGCCACUUGACUGAAGAGGUAUCUUCAUCUGGAGAGUCAGAAGAUGAUAAAAAUUCAGAGGAAGACACUGUAGAGAGUCUUUCUGGAACGAGUCCUCGUCAGCAAGCUGAUGUAGAGCUUCAUCCAGCGGUUGAUGUGGGUAAGAUGUCCAGUGCUGACCAGGAGGAAAAGCCUGUCUGACCACAUAAUCCUCCAGACAGAUGUUCCACAGUGUUGACUACAGUACCUUUUGGUUUUCCUUGUUCAUAAGUCUGCAUGACACAGAUGAUUAUUUAUGAGACUGAGUCGAGAGGAUUAAUUCCAUGUGGAACUGACUUGUGCACAUGUACAUACUGAACUCUUUGGAGGUUUGUCAACUACUGAAGCAGCUGAACUGGCAAGGUUUACAGUGUUGAGUUAAAAAAACAACAAAAAAAAAAACCAGAGUAACAAGGGUUUCCAUUUUAAAUACAUUUAUUAAUAAGACUCAGUUAUUAAAUAAAAUGUUGGUCAACAGUCAAUAAAAAAUAGAUUUUUUUUAAACAAAUCAGAGUUGAACAUGUUCAAUGAAUGCGUAUGUAAUUUUUUUUAUUAAACACACACA